AUGGAUCGCGCAAGAAAGCGCGAACUGCGCACGUUGAACGAAAAGGCAUGGGAUGGCGAAUCUGACUUGUUCCCGGUUGCGAAGAGCCUCGAUUCAUCACUCAAAAAGAACACUGCUUUUAUCAAACGACUUCGAACCGCUGUCACUGCUGCAACCCUCAGCACCUUCCUCCAGGAAAUCCGAACCUUGAGCUUGCACAAGUACCUUUCCGAGAUCAUAUCUGCCUGUUAUGAAGGGCUUUGUAGACUCAAGUCUCCCGGCGAGAUCGAAGCUGGCGUCGAAAUCGUCAGUGCGCUCCAUCAGCGAUUUGGGCCUAGCGAAUUUACGGAAUAUCUGGCAUGGCUGCUUGGGAAGGGCAUGGCGACCCCUGAUAAGGGUAUUCUCAAGUCUCUGGCACCCGAGGUUCGCGAGAAGGAAGAGAAGGAGCGCAUCACACGACAGCGCGCAUUAUUGCGUGUUGUAACAGAGUUGUGGCUUGUAGGAGUCAUCAGGACACUCGACGAUGUUAGCAAGCCCGACGACGCUAUGAAAGGCGCUGCGGGCAAGACACCCGAAUUGAAAACCAGGACGAACAAGGGCACUGGCGCAGAGCCCUUCCCUCUCGAAGUGCUAAAGGAUUUACUCGGAUACGAUCGCGAACACGCAAACCUCCCGCUUCUCGUUAUCUUUGUCAAGUCAUUCAGCUGGGACAUUCUCGGUGUGAAGCCGAUGGGAGCCGAUGGCCGCAAGACGGUAGAGGAAGAUGGUACGACAGAAGGACACGACGCCGAGCAUGGUGAUGGUGGCGAGAACGAGACAUCUGCGGACGAAGACCAACCCUUUACCGAACCCGAAAUGCGCGAGCGAUUCAGAAGUAUCUUGAAAAAGUAUUUCGAUGAUGUCAAAGGACAUAUUACUCGAGACCAGAAGUCGAUACAGUCGCAAGCCCGGCGCAACGCUGAGGCCUAUGUCAAGUCUGGUGAGGUUUUCGAAGAUCGCCAGUCAAAUUACGAGAAACAGGUUAAGGCUCAGGAACGCCUCGUAUCUAACGCCCAAGUGGUCGCGGAUGCUAUUGGGGCUGAAAUGCCCCAUUUGAAAGAUUCCGACGAUUCAUUUGCCGCCUCCAACGGUUCCAUCGGUCUUGUGAAGACGGGGGAUUACCUUCGCUCUAUGGGAGACGGUGCAGGAAUCUGGGAAGACGAAGACGAGCGUCGCUUCUACGAAAACCUGGUUGAUUUGAAAGGUAAAGUACCAGCUAUUUUGCUGGAGGAUGGCAAAAAGAAAAAGACGGAUACAGACGAACAGGUGGGCAAGAAGCAGGACCCGGCUGAAGUAACCGAAACCACUAAGACUGUUGAGACUACCGAUGAUCAGUCUACAUCCAUUGCAAAUCGAACCAUUGGAGCACAGGUCGACGCUCUCCUUGCUCGUCUGCCAGAAUUGACAAACAAGGACAUUGUCGACCAGACGGCCAUUGACUUCUGUUUUCUGAACUCUAAGGCGUCACGCAACCGUCUUGUCAAGGCACUGACCGAGGUUCCAAAAGGCCGAAGCGACUUGCUGCCGUCAUGGUCACGACUCGUUGCUACAUUGGGACGAUACAUGCCCGACGUUCCGAAAGGUCUUGUUGACUACCUCGAUGCUGAGUUUCGAAGCUUGCAAAGGCGGAAAGAGAAGGACUUUUUGGGUCAAGUUCGCUUGAGCAACAUUCGCUACCUUGCUGAAUUAACAAAAUUCGGCAUUGUUCCGGAACAUGUCGUCUUUCAUUGUCUGAAAGUCAGUCUUGAUGACUUUUCACGUAUGAACAUCGAGAUUCUCUGCAACCUUAUCGAGAAUUGCGGUCGAUACCUCCUUCGAAAUCCCGAAACAGCCCCGCGUAUGAUGAGCUUUCUCGAAACCCUUCAGCGCAAGAAGUCGGUUCAGCACAUCGGACAACCAGAGCGUAUGCUUAUCGACAAUGCUGUCUAUUACGUGGACCCGCCGGAACGUUCAGCUAUUGAACAAAAGGAACGCACUCCCAUGGAACUCUUCGUUCGCAAAUUGAUCUAUGUUGAUAUGACCAAGAGAAAUUAUAGCAAGAUCUUGAAGCAGAUCCGAAGACUUCAUUGGGAGGAAACAGAGGUGGUUGCUAUUCUGGAAAAGGUGUUCUCGAAGCCAGGAAAGGUCAAAUACGGAAGUGUCCACCUCCUUGGAAUCCUGCUCAGCGCGCUCUAUCGUUAUCACCCUGCUUUUGUGGUCAAGGUGAUCGAUAACGUGGUUGAAUCUAUGACCUUUGGUCUUGAGCAGAAUGACUAUAGGUUUUAUCAGCGCCGCAUCGCUGAGGUGAAGUACCUCGGAGAGCUUUACAACUACCGCAUGCUUGAGCACCCGGUCAUCUUUGACACCAUGUACAAGAUCAUGACGUUCGGGUAUGGCGGACCGCCCGUUCCUGGCAGGUAUAGCCCCCUGGAUCCUCCUGACGACUUUUUCCGAAUUCGCCUCGUCUCCACGAUGCUCGAGACAUGCGGUAUGUUCUUCAACCGUGGAGCAGCGGGCAAGAAGUUGGAUUACUUCCUCUCUUUCUUCCAGUACUACAUCUUUACCAAGGCGUCCUUACCUAUGGAUAUCGAGUUCCUGGUCCAAGAUACCUUUGCUCUUACACGGCCACAAUGGAAGCUCGCCUCCGGGUUGGACGAGGCAGUCAAAGCCUUCCAGCUUGCUGUUGCCCAGGACCAAAAGUCUGCGGGCGUCGACAGAGCAGUCGACGUGGAUGAUGCCACAAGCGACACAUCAUCCGACGAUGACAAUGUGGACAAUGACGAAGAUGGCGACGAAAACGAUGAUAGUGCUUCGGAAGAGGAAGAAGCAGAGGAUGUGGAAGACGACUCGGAUAGUGAGAGCACUUUUGACGAGGAGGCUAUCGUCGUUACCCGACAAGAAGAGGAAGUUGAUCCUGAAGACGAAGCUGACUUUGAGCGCGAAUAUGCCAAGAUGAUGGCGGAAAGUCUCGAGUCGCGCAAGUUUGAGCGCAAACAGCUUUUCGACGUGCCACUUCCUGUUCGCUCCAAGGCUCGAGAAACAACUCCCACAGAAGGGGGCGAAGGGGAGGCUCCCCCAGGUCACACUAUGGCCUUUUCUUUGUUGACCAAGAAGGGCAACCGCCAACAGACGCGAACUGUUGAACUUCCUUCUGAUUCGACAUUUGCAAUUGCCAUGAAAACCCAGCAACAGGCUGAGCGGGAGGAACAGCAGCGCAUCAAGAACUUGGUGCUCAACUACGAUCUUCAACAGAACGAGGAUCAAGAUGGUGGUACAUACCCUCACUCCCCACGACUUUUUCGAAACACCAAUAUUCACAGAACAACUCAGGCAACGAAAGACCGGCGACGUUUCAUCACAACCGAUUAG